AUGCAAGCUGUUAUACUUUUUCUCAACGUGUUCGCUUCUAUCCAGGCAAUAAUCGACUUAAGGCAUGAGACACCGGAAGAUCGUGCUAGGCUGGAGCAGUUUGUAGAAUGUUUGAAGAAUUGCGUGAAAGAACCUGCUGAAGACAAUCAAGGUGCCAUCCUCUUUGUCGUUGUAUUCGCUUCUACCCAGGCAGCAAACUUCGACUUAGGUCAUGGUGCACCGAAACACCGCUCUAGUUGGCUUGCUGAACAAGAGCAAAAUUUAGAAUGCCUAAAGGUUUGCGUGGAUGAACCUACUAAAGGCAACCAAGUUGCUUGCAAUGAAUGUGGACCAACUUACUCUCGAAAUCCUGUAAAUCUACAUAGACCAAAUUACCCUCAAAAUUUUGCAAAUCCAGGUGGACCAUCUUACCCUCAAAAUUUUGCAAAUUUAGGUGGACCAACUUACUCUCAAAAUUCUGUAAAUCUGCAUAGACCAAAUUACCCUCAAAAUACUGCACCAAAUGGACCAACUUAUUUUGGAAAUGCUGUAAACCCAAAUAGACCAUAUGGUCAAAGCCCUGUAGGUUCAAAUAAACCAAAUUUCAUAGAUGGUUCUAUCCCAGAAGUGGGUGAACUAGAUUAUCCUCACCGUGUUGAAAACCAGCAAAGGAAGAAUAAAAAGGAGGAAAUAAAGGAAGAAACCCAGGAUUCGGGAUCUGAGGAGGAAUAA